AUGUCGGCUGAAGUCUCUCAUGGUCGCGGUGGUGCUGGCAACUUCAAGCCUGACGAUACAGAGUACGUCGAUGGAGAAGUCGUUCGUACUGGCGUUGUUGGAAGCCACGGUGAUGGCGCAUACAGUGCAGGACGUGGAGGUGCUGGAAACAUUGGCGAUAUAGGCACACCUACCACCGAGCGAAAGGAUCAAGACAUCAUCCCCGAGAUUGCGAUCCGGCCGAGCCAGGACGGCCGAGACUUCCACACUGGCCGCGGAGGUGCUGGCAAUGCUCAAGUUGGUACUCCGGAGCGAAAGUCUGAGGAGGAAGAGAAGACCACUGCCAAGACCCCCGUUGGUCUGGCUGACAAGCUCAAGUCCAAGCUCUUUGGCCACAAGAAGUAG